CACGUAUUCGCUCUCCUGAGACCACUGCUGUCUGUCCUGUGUGGUCUUAUCCAAGCAAUUGGGAAUGAACCACUGAACACGGAAGCGGUCCGCGUUGACACAAGUGAGCACUUCGCUCCCCGGCGCUCAGUUGCCCGCUGUCUGUCUGCCCAGAAGUGAUGCUGUCAUAGCCCCCUUCUCCUCCCUCAUCCCCGGUCCUCUUUGGCUGUCGCGGCAGUGCGGAUGUGGAGUUACCGACGGAGCGCUUUACCCAUCGGAAAGACCCGGAGAAGAAGAUGAAAUGUUUUUCCCGUUAUCUCCCGUACCUCUUCCGCCCUCCAAGCACUAUCCUGUCCUCCACUUGCCACACCGAAGCUGACAUUAUCUCAACAGUGGAGUUUAACUCAUCGGGGGAGCUGUUGGCCACGGGCGAUAAAGGAGGCAGGGUGGUCGUCUUCCAGAGGGAGCAGGAGAGUAAGAGCCAGCCGCAGCGACGAGGGGAGUACAAUGUUUACAGCACCUUCCAAAGCCAUGAGCCCGAGUUCGACUACCUGAAGAGUCUGGAGAUUGAGGAGAAGAUCAACAAGAUCAGAUGGCUCCCACAGCAGAAUGCAGCCUAUUUCCUGCUCUCUACCAAUGACAAGACAGUGAAGCUGUGGAAGAUCAGUGAGAGAGACAAGCGACCAGAGGGCUACAACCUGAAAGACGAGGAUGGGAGGAUCAGAGAUCCGUCGACCAUCACCUCGCUACGGGUACCAGUGCUGCAACCCAUGGAUUUGAUGGUGGAGGCCACGGCUCGGCGGGUAUUUAGCAAUGCCCACACCUACCACAUCAACUCCAUCUCUGUCAACUCCGACCUCCAGACCUUCAUCUCUACAGAUGACCUCAGGGUCAACCUGUGGAACUUGGAGAUCACUGACCGAAGCUUCAAUAUCGUCGACAUCAAGCCAUCCAACAUGGAGGAGCUGACGGAGGUGAUCACCUCAGCAGAGUUUCAUCCCCAGCAGUGUCACACCUUUGCCUACAGCAGCAGCAAGGGCUCCAUACGCCUCUGUGACAUGAGACAGGCUGCACUCUGUGACAAACACUGCAAAUAUUUUGAGGAGCCGGAGGACCCCUCCACACGUUCCUUCUUUUCUGAAAUAAUCUCGUCCAUCUCCGAUGUGAAGUUCAGCCACAGUGGCCGCUACCUAAUGACAAGGGACUACCUCACCGUCAAGGUGUGGGACAUACACAUGGAGAACAAACCCCUGGAAACAUACCAGGUCCAUGAUUAUUUACGGGGGAAACUUUGUUCCCUGUAUGAAAAUGACUGCAUCUUUGACAAAUUUGAGUGUGUCUGGAAUGGAUCAGACAGUGUCAUCAUGACCGGUUCCUAUAAUAACUUCUUCCGGAUGUUUGACCGGAACACUAAGCGUGAUGUCACUCUGGAGGCCUCCAGGGAGAACAGCAAGCCCAGGGCCAUCCUCAAACCACGCAAGGUGUGUGUGGGUGGGAAACGUCGUAAAGACGAGAUCAGCGUAGACAGCCUGGACUUCAGUAAGAAGAUCUUGCAUACCACCUGGCACCCGCAGGAGAACAUCAUUGCUGUAGCGGCCACCAACAACCUCUACAUCUUCCAGGACAAGGUCAACUAG